AUGGAAGCCAAGGAGCUGUCACUGGCGGUCCUGACAGCCCCGGAGUGUUGGAGACACUGCAGUGCCUGCUGCCUGGGCCAGUGGCCUGAUGCUGGGGGCUGUGACCCCAGGCUCACCGCAGGCCGGGAACAGCUGCUCUUGUCUGGCAAGUUAAGUGACUAUGGCGUGUUUGUGCCGUUCAGCGCGGAUCCUCACGGCCGUUUCCUCUCGCACGUGGUGUCCGGACCUGCCGCCUCCAGGAGCGGGGCGUUUGGCAGGCCGCCCCCGUCACCGGCAACCCCUUCCAGCCGGCACCGCGUGGCCCGAAGCCCUGCCGUGGCGGCGGGAGAGCCGGCUGGCCCCCGCCCAGCGGGGAAGUAUUCCAUUUAUUUCAACGUCACCAUCUUCGGGAAGGAGUUCCACUUGGGCCUGAAGCCCAAGCAGCGGCUGGUGGCCCCCGGGGCCUUCGCCCAGUGGCAGGAGGACUUCUGGGAGCUUUCCCGGCAGCCCCUCCAGCAGGACUGCGUCUUCACUGGCAGCAUCACCGGCAUGCCCGGCACGGCCGUGGCCAUCAGCAACUGUGACGGAUUGGCCGGCCUGAUCCGCACAGACAGCAGCGAAUACUUCAUCGAGCCCCUGGAGAGAGGUCAGCAGGCAAAGGAGGAGACUGGGCGGGCGCAUAUCGUCUACAGCCGGGCAGCUAUCAGACUGGAGAAGGCAGAGCCCCAGGGAGACCUCCACAAUGAAGUCAUUGGCCAAGUGCUGGCCCCAGUGGAACUUGGCCAGGAAGUGUCUUUGGGCCAGAAGAAGGUGUGA